GGCUUGGGAAUGCUAAUGGGGUUUUUUAUAUAGAGAGAUGGGGAGGCUUGAUUGGGGUUAACUGUCUGUCAAGGUCUAGCUGGUUUGGGGGUGUCUUUAGAGCUGGAUUGGUGGGAUGUCUAUCUGUACACAGAGUGCUUGAUAGGAGUACUGCUUGUAUAUACAGAACUUUGUUGGAUGUAACAUUACACAUAGGAUGUGGGAUUGCUGGUAAUUUUCACUCUUGGGGGGGAGGAGAGAGAAGAUUUUGUUUAGAAUAUUAACCAGUCUUUAGGCUGUCUGAGGAUCAUGUGGAAUGUAGUUAGUGUAGAGAGAGAUGCCUCUCUGUAAAUAAUCACACAUCUUACUCAUGGGAUACAAUGAUAAUUUGCCUCAAUAUUUUGUGUGGGUUUUCUUUGCGCGCACACUGCCCUGUAUAUGUAUAUGUUAGCAGCAUACACCAUGCAUCUCCAGUAGCAAAGCUUGCCCAGGCCUGAAACCCAUCCCCCUAGCCCUGGAGCUGCAUUCUUCCUGCCAUCUGCUGUCUAAACUGCAGCUUUUGUGUAUCGAGGGAAUGGUUCUAGUAGCAAAACAAUAUUGCAUUUUGAAACAUGGUUAGAUAUUCUGUAUGACGUGCUCUUACUAAUAAACGGGUUCCCUGAUUUAAUCUGUAACUGAAACUUGUGUAACAUAUAUAUUGCACACAUACACACAAUAUUAAGUGGUAAUGAACGCAUCUAUUUUUUUGUGAUUAACUACUGGAGCAUAGACUUGUGUAACUAUAACAUUUUAUACACUACAAUUGCGUGUAUUGGCCAACAGUAGGGAAAAUAAAAUAAUGGGACAUUAAAAUGUUUUUAAGGAACACUAAGGGGUUAGGAACACAAAUGAGUAUUCUGAACGCUCUCGUUUUCCUAUCCCUAGUUAUAAAUGCCCCUACCUCCCCUUUCUGCCGUAUAAGUAAUGAUAUUGUGAUUUAUUUAUUUUGUCCUGAUCAAACCUGUGCUGCUCACCUCUUCACCUCCGUGGUCAAAUGCAAUACUGCUAAUACAGGAGCAUUUCUGGACGUGACGCGCAAUGCUUUCCAUUGGACUCUGCGUCACGUGACUUAGUUUUACUCUCAAAGUGCAUCAGUAGCACCACUAGUUGCAGUCGGUAUCACAGACACUAGAGGUGGAUUUAACCCUGCAGUAUAUACAUUACACUUUAAAAAAAAAAAAAAAAAGAAUUAUUUUACAUUGCAGGGUUAAAAGGACAGGGCCACUGCACCCAUGCCACGCCAUUGAUAUGUAAAGGUCUGGGUGACUUUAGUCUCUCUUUAACAUUUAUCUGAGCUCCUGUUUGGCACAGUAUCUUUAAAUCAACCAAUCUUCCUUAGCUUACCAGUUACAGAUGUUCAGUUCACACACGGACAAUAUGCAAGUUUUGAUGUACAACUUCAAUAUUCUCUUUGGACGUUGUAGCCUAGUUCUAAUUUUACUAUAGGGCACAGGGCAUGUAUCUAAACCAAGGUCCUCCAAACUCUGUCCCUCCAGAUGUUGCUGAGCUAUAGCUCUCAUGAUUCUUGAAGUGAAAUAGAUAGCCAGAGAAUCAUGUGAGUUGUAGUUCAGCAACAUCUGGAGGGACCUGGCCUAAACUAACAAACACAAAAUAGUUUCAUGACCGUGGGAGAUGAAAUACAUGUGGCCUUAUACUGCCUAUCUAGAUAACCACAUUACCUACGUAUUUGAGUAAUAACUGUGUAAAACUGUUUGUUCUAAGAACACACACUGACUUGUAAAGUGCAAUCCUAUUGUGGAGCACAGUACAAAUGACACUUGGAGCAGGCAAACCUGGUCGGUAUACUAGUUUUAACACAGGUUAAUAAUGACUCUCCUUUUCCUUUACACUAACUUUCCACAUUGAACUUAAUGUGUGUUCCUGGAGUGUCAAAUAGAGGGUUUGGUAAAAUGUUGACCCCCAAGUGUUGUAUAAGUGCAAUUAGCUUGAUUCUCUAUACUAUAGGUAUCAAAACAAAUGUUGCUUACAGGAACACUGUAUUGCCAAGAAUACAAACCUGUUUUUCUGACACUUUAGUGUUAAACCCACUAUUUUAUCCCCGGCCCCCCCUGUGAGAGCAGUAAAAAGGUGUUUAGUCACUUUUUCUCCCACGGAGCACAGUUGCUUGCUCUGCCUCCAUGUCCAAGAUCAAAGUUGUUGAACUUAGCCAAUCUAAUGCUGUCCCAUGGAGCAUUAGGAGGUUAUUGCGCAGCAAAACGCUGUGCUGAGCCGAUCAAUGCAUUUCUAGGAGGAGAUGCUGAAUCACAUCUAUGGGGAACGUUCAGCGUCUCCACGUAGUGACAGGAUACGUGAAGCAUUGCUAGUGACCAUCUGAGUGACUGCAACUAGACUUGUUACUAGGCAGUAAUUUAAACUCUGCCUUUCCCCAUGCUUGUGUUCCUGACACUGUGGUGUUCCUUUAAUUAGGCUAAAGUUUUUUUGGUGCCUACAUUGUCCCUCUAAUGCUAGCAAAGGAAAAUAUCAUGGGAGUUUAAAUCCCAAAGCUGCAGGAGAUGUUUCGUUUUUGGAGACGUUUCUUUCACCUCUACUCCAGUGCAUGAGGCUAUAGAUUUCCAUAGUUCUAAAAGGAUAGCGUCCCCCAAGAUAGUGUGACAUUUGUUCACCUGUGCUGUAAUUAAAUGUAAUACUCCACUAAUAAAACACCAUGGGAACCAUGUGCACUUGAAAAUGUGUAUGAAUUGGGGCUUGAGGAAGCGAAGGUUAGAAAUUUUUCAGGUGUACUGCCAAAAUGCACUUUCUGACCAUUCAUUGUAAAUGGGGAGAGGAUUCUCUUCUAGUUCUGAAUAAAAGCAAAAUAUAGCACUGCAAUAGAGUGAGCAACAGUAAGCUUCAAAAUUGUCUAGAAGAGUUGGCAUGCCAAGGAUUAGCCAUCUGUGAUGUCCUCCCUAGUAUUUACUGCUUCUAUAUCUAUUUAGUGUUCUAAAACCUUGGUAACAGGGUUCUGAUCGUUUGAGCUAUAUUUAUAAUACAUACUACCCAAAUUUCCCUCUUCACACAGAAGCAGUGAUGGUUUUAUGGUUACUGAAUCAAUCCCAUGACUCAAGCAUGGGUGCUGGGAUUUAACACGUUUUGGCCUACCACCAUACCACCGCACAUUUCCUCCCUUUCCUGAGAUCAGACCUGCUAGAUAGUUGGCAGAUGUGGUGUCCCCAUUCUAUUUCAGCGUGUUCCUAAUUAUUUGAAUUGAUAUAUCAUUUAAUCUGGUGUCAGGCGGCAGCCCUCAGCAUUGCCUUGUGUUCAAUGGGGUACAACUCUGACACUGCAAACAGUCUAUUGAAGAAAUAUUCCAUGUGUUGGCUCUUUGUGGGGGGAUAAAGAAUUGCUCUCUUAGAUGCACAUAAAGUGGAAGAACUGUGCUAGUUUUCUGCUUACCUGUUUGCAGUUCUAGUAUGACUUAUUGAAUAAGAGACCAGCUAUUUUGAAAUGGAUUGCCCACAUCUCUUGCUCACAAGCUUAUGUAUUCAGUAGUAAUCCAGUGAUACACACCUGCUGCAGUAACGCCUACAUUUUCCCUUUACAAUUUCCCCAAGUUAAUUGCCCUGUUCACAAUUGCAGUUUACCUUGUAGUUAACUAUAUUUCCAUUAGCUUCUACUUGGUAUACAGAGAAUACAAAAAUGAAAAAGGAUGAAAAAAAGUUAACUGCCUGGGAGAAAUGUUACAUGAAUGCAAAUGAUGGCACCUGGAAGUGGUGUUAUACACUAGUAAACAACCCUAGCCUUUAAUCUGUUUGUUGCUAUUGCAUAUAAUACAUUUUAUAGUUUGUGUAUUUCCUUCCUGAAAGGCAGACCUGUUCUGGCUGCACGUAUGUGGUAGUAAUGUGAACUGUAGCAGCUGUAUGCAAAGGUGACUACACGCUCCAGUUGUAUGUAUUUCAUAACUAAAGCUGUAACGCACCUGCAAUUUGAAUUGUAUUUUAAGUGUUCUUUUGUAGAACUAACUGCUAUGGUGUAGAUUUAAAAUAAAAAAAAUAAAAAAAGUUUCUAUUCUUUAACAUUCUUGUACAUCUACAUAAUUUAGAAAUGGUAAUUUAAGGUAUAAUCCGUAAAUCUGGAGUAGGAGGCCCUUUGUAAGUUUACUGUGUUAUAGGUGGUUUUUCACAGCUUUAUUCAAUAGUAUAAUUUCCAGACAAUGGACAAUUCCUGUUAUAAUGGACUCCUAACCGGAUCUGUUCUUCAUUUCUUCCUGUCUGCUCUAGUUUUCUUUAAAACAUAAGACAAAGUAGGGACUAUUUUGUCUUAUGUCUUUUUCCUACGCUUGACCAGCUAUGACCCGGGGAGGAGAAAAGUCUGCUCCAUUUCCCGUGGUCAAAAUUUUUUUACACAAUGCUCAUCUUCCUCCUGCUGCUUCAUUUGGUGUUUGAAACGCCAGCAAAACUACCGGAUUUCAUCCAUACAGAAUGAGAACAGUUUGUUAAUUCAUGUUAUGAUGAAAUUCUGGACUUUCGUUUGGAUCGGAAUGUCCUUGUGCUGCGAGUAGAUAGCUCCCUAAUUCCCACGGUAUUGGGGAUUAUCUACUAAAAGGCUGAAGGACCUGAAUUGGUCUUUCAGCCAAAUUUACUAAUACUAAGUAAAUAUUACUUUUAUUAUUCAGGGCUGGCGCAACCAUUAGGCGAACUAGGCAUUCGAGGAGGGCCUGCUGCCCCGGUUUGGGACCGUAGCGCUGGGCAAGCGGCUCUUGAGCUGCCCACAGCGCCGGGCCGAUCCUCACUGUGCCCGAAGGUGGAGGCUUCGAGAGGAGCCCUGUCACAGGGGGUGCCCAUGAAGCUGUGCUAGGUAAGGCAGAGCAGGCACCUGCUUACCUUGAUGGCAGGUGCCUGCUCUGCCAACAAAUGCCAGUGACCGAGGAGAGGGAGACAGAAAAGCCAGGCAGUGAGGGAGGCUGUUUUUGAUGCCUCUCACUCCCCCCUCUGUGAUGCCAGAAUAUGACUUUAAUUCCGGCCCUGGCAUACUAAACGGUGGGAGAAGUUAGGAGCUGCCCCACACUGGACGCCAGGGAGGUGAGUGUUUGACUGUCAGUGAGUGUGUGUGUGUGUGUCCCGAUGCUAAAACAAAACCAACCAGAGCGCUCUGUCAAAUUGCAGGGCAUGGGAAGGCUUUAUAAGCCUUUCCGUGCCCUUGCUGAGUGAAGAUGGAUUUUAUUUUUUUUUUAGCAUUGGGAUUGUAUUUAAAUUUUUUUUUUUUUUUUACAGUAGGUCCCCCCCCACCUUCCGCUCAUGGGUGGUGACAGAGGGAGGGCACUAGGUCCCUCGUUUAGUUUAGUGGCCCCCACUCUUGGUGCAACUAAUUAAAUGUUAAAUGCUAUACUAUUUGUAUGCAGAAUAAAUGCCUUACAUCUCCACAUGUUGCCUCUUUGUCUUUAUAGAUGGACGGGGAUAAUUCCACAACAGAUACUUCUCAGUUAGGCAUUGCAGGAGACUACAUUACUGGAGGCCAUUAUGUAAUACAACCUCACGAUGGUAAGUACACUGUCCCGAUGAGGUAUGCAGUGCUAUGUAGAUGUGUUACUGAUUAUUUUUAGACUGGCUGUGUUACAAAGCUAAGCUCAUAAAUGCCUGGCAUAUUCAGAGGGGUAUUGCUUACAAGGACUAUACUAUGAUUUCACUUGUAACACUCUGCAGGUUCACUAUGUUAAACUUAGAAAUGGUGUUUGUGUUAUUCCCUAAACUGAAUGGUAAAGAAUUGAGAAGGGAAUUGAAAAAAGCAAAGCCUAAAAUAUACAGCGCUUGUCGAUUCUUCACUUAAGUUGAUAAUGUUGAAUGUCUACAUAGGCGUAAAAUGAUUGUGCUUUGUCUAUAACUUUCUUGAAUAUCUAAUGUUAUGGUUUUAAACCGCAAGAACACCCAGUCUACAGAUCUUGUAAUGUCUAGACUUUAUUGUGCAUAUAACUCUUGUACUAUUGUUUUAGGGGACACAGAAGACAGUUUAAAUGAUCCAGAUGACACAAAUGGAUCUAAAGAGAGCUUCAGAGAACAAGAUAUUUAUCUUCCAAUUGCCAAUGUGGCGAGGAUAAUGAAAAACGCAAUCCCACAGACAGGAAAAGUAAGGACUGACUUAUUUUUGGUUAUACAGAGCAGUGACUGCUGCCCUUUCUUGUGCAGUGUGACCUGAGAACCAUUCAAACCCUUUCUUCAUGUUUAAGCAGUUAGGUGUCACUAUUCCAGGAUUGUAAAGACAAUCUCAGACUUUAGGUCAGCUUUGAUGUUGUGCAAACUGAAAUGAUAUAAGUUUAGGCAGUUCUACUAGCAACUAGUAGGAACUGAAAAAUAAUUUUUGAUUGAAGUGUUUGUAUUUAAUCCAUAGUCUCAAAUGUACCGCUGAACGAAAAAAACAAAUCAUGCAAGAACACACCAGUUCUUAGAGAUGAUCUCCUCUAUUCGUCCUAAAUGUUAUGUGAAAUGCACAAAUAUAGAAACAAGAUUUUGUAGUGUAGUUUGAAAUCACCAUGAGGCUGUCGAAUGAAUAAUUUUUUUGUAAUUUUCUUUUCUUGCAUACUCAUUGUCUUACAGAUCGCAAAGGAUGCCAAGGAAUGUGUACAGGAAUGUGUGAGUGAAUUUAUAAGCUUUAUAACCUCCGAAGCUAGCGAGAGAUGUCAUCAGGAAAAGCGAAAGACAAUCAAUGGAGAAGACAUCUUAUUCGCUAUGUCCACUUUAGGAUUUGAUAGCUAUGUGGAGCCAUUAAAACUAUAUCUACAGAAAUUCAGAGAGGUGGGUAAUGUGCCUUUUCUCUAAAAAGGAAGUGUUUACAUGGAAAUACCUGCAGGGACUGACUAUAUACUCACAAGAACAAAUACAAUAAGCUGUAGUUGUUCUGGUGACUAUAUAGUGUCCCUUUAAGUGUUUUUCUUCCAACUAUGCACUAGCUGAUUUAAUGCAGUUUUAGUUCAUAUGGAAUUAAUUACUGGAGAUUGAAUGAACAUUUUUCUGUUGAAGGCAAUGAAAGGUGAAAAAGGGAUCGGUGGUACAGUUACAGGAACAGAUGGCCUUGGAGAGGAGCUCACAGAGGAAGCGUUCAGUAAGUAUACAUCUACUUGGAAAACAUGCUAGCUGUACCAACAUGGAUUUAGUGCUUUUCAACCAGUGUGCCUCAAACAAAAUUAAAGUGUACCACAAGCACGUUAACUUCGGGGUUGCAACAAAAUUAAUGCAAAUCUUUAAAUGUGUUUCAAUAAGUGCCAGAAUUAAAAUGUGAAACCCCAUUUGGCAAUAAAUCAGAGUAAAUGUAUCCAUGUAGAUACCCUUUGAUUUUGCCAGUAUUUAAUAUAAGGAUUUCUUUCAGCCCCAAUUUUGAAUUGAACUAUCUGCAUCAAACGCACACUAAAGUUACAUGAAAUCAUCUUCUUAUCCUUGUUUUGUCUUAAGCAAUUUUUAAUUUCAUUUUUUUAUUUUUUUUUGUCUUAAAGCAAGCCAAUUACCAGCUGGCUUAAUAACUGCAGACGGGCAGCAGCAAAAUGUUAUGGUCUAUACAACAUCAUAUCAACAGGUAUGUGUCAAAGAGCAAAGCUGUGGAGCAUUUUUUUUUUCUCCCUUCAAUAAGAAUGUAUAAUCUAAUUGCGGGUGAAAGGGUAGAUAGUGUUCUAUAUACACAAAAUUUUAGAAAUUGUCUGGCUGAUAUGAAAUCUCACACGUAGCAUGCAGUAAUAAAUACAAAGAACAUUCAUCAUGACUCUCCAGCCUAAGUGUUUUAAACCAGAAAUGGAAACAUUUAUACGUUCCUUGAUGACUUGAAAGGCAACGAAGGAUCAGCAGACAGUAUUACUUCUGCAGGUCUUGGCUAAGAUGUCGCCAUUGAUGGAGAGCUAUUCCUGUAAAAUGCGACUUUGUAAUUAGGGACAUAAUUAGCUAGGAUUUCCCCAGUGAUGUACUGUGAUUGGUUUUCAAAACUAUAAUUUAAAAAGAAGUGUCAAUAUGUGCAGUUGACAAGCCUCCUAACGACUAGUAGGAUUUCCCAUUUCCAUGCUUGCCACACUGUUUGGAGCUAAGCAGGCUGUGCAGCUACUGGCUCAGGGUAGAAGGAUGUACUUUUCAUGUAAACUAUUUUUUUUUUUUUUUUUUUAAAGUAGAUAUAAGCUUUAGUAAAACAAGUCUUGGAGGGCAGAUUUCAUUUACAUGGAGUAGCGACUAAUCCAAUGAUCGUUCUCUUAUCGCAACCAAGUAGUUUGUUUAAAUGGUGAAAUGUAACAAUACCACUAAAUAUUUAUAUGUAUGUUCUGUAUUCACAGAUAUCUGGUGUUCAACAAAUCCAGUUCUCCUGAUUUGGAAGAGAAUGUAAUAUCUGCAAACAUGAGUCAGGAAGAAAGCUAUACAUAUUUGAAUGCAAUAUUUUAUUGCAAUGCUUUUUUUUUAUUUUUUUUAUUUAAUACAUGUUUUGUGUAUAUUAAGUUGCUGUAAUGUAGCUUCCUCGGGCAUGUCACAGGGGUUAAAUUCCCACAUUGAUAUAAUUUUUUUUUUAUUUUUUUCCCUCCCAUGUGUUUUUAUUAAAUGGUUUUAAAGACCUUUGUUACGAUCAUUUUUGUACAAGAGUUCUUCUUCUGACUCCUGUAUGCAUUGUAAAUUAAUGGUUUAUUACUGUCUGGGGUUUGUAGACAGUUUAUUAUUUUCAUAUUGAAUCAUGUAACUUCUUUUGUAAAUCAAAUGGCUUAAUUUGUUGGUUUACCCUUUUUAAUAAAAAAAAAUGUCCAAUACUUUGUGUUUGCGCAUGACUUAUUCUGACUUUCUUGGU